GAGCCUGCGGGGCGGAGCACCCUGCUGCGGCCUCGACGCUGACACGCUGUGUCGGGGUGGCGGUGCGCGUGCGACCGCUGCGCGCCGACGAAGGUCCCCGGAUCGUCCACGUGGUCAGCGAUAAGAUGCUGGUGUUGGAAGAAGAGGCGGACAGUCGACGAGACGUGCUACGGCAGCGUCGUCUCAACGACAAGCAUUAUGUAUACGACCGCGUCUUCGGCGAGGAAAGCACACAAGAAGAAGUUUACGAGGCAGUAUGCGCGCCACUAGUCGGUGACACGUUGAAGGGUAUAGCAGGCGCCAUCUUCGCGUACGGAGCCACCGGGGCCGGCAAGACCCACACGAUGACCGGCCUCAUGUCCAGGGCUCUCAGCCAUCUCUUCACGUCCAUCGCAGAGAGCGAUUUACCAGACGCCUACGAGGUGAAAAUGUCCUACAUAGAGAUCUACAACGAAAAUAUCCGUGACUUAUUAAACCCCAGUUUGGGGCCGUUAGAACUUCGCGACGAAGGGGGAAACGGUCCGCCAGUUGUUUCAGGAUUAAGCGAGGUACGCGCGACAGAUGCCGCUCACGUGGCCGAGCUGUUGGCUAGAGGAGAUCGCGCUCGCACUGCGGAAGCCACUCACGCGAACCAGCAGUCGUCACGUGGACACGCUUUACUGAGUGUAUCAGUGAGCAAGUCGGUGUCUCAGGGAGUUCAGCGCGGUAGACUGUUCCUCAUCGACCUGGCCGGCUCGGAGCGGGCCGGGCUACGCGCGCGCAGGCUGGAGGGCGCGCACAUCAACCGCUCCCUGCUCGCACUGGGCAACUGCAUCAUGGCUCUGUCCGGGGGCGCCAGGUACGUGAACUACAGGGAUUCGAAGCUGACGCGUCUGCUGCGCGAGGUGCUAGGCGGGCGCUGUCGCACCGCCAUGGUGGCGCACGUGUCGCCCGCCGCGCCGCACCGCGAUACCACGCGCUCCACCCUGCACUACGCGCAACGAGCCUCCAACAUCACUAACAAAGUUGAACGCGAAUUAAUUGAAACUCCAAUGCACUUAUCGCAGUAUCGCUCAGUGAUUAAUGAACUGAGGGAGGAAAUUGCUCGCCUCAAGACCAAAAUGAAAGAUGAUCGAUCGAGAAACAAAGAAGACCAGCAGAAAAUAGAUGAGUCCAUAACAAAGGAAGAGUCCGAAGAAAACACUGCGCAUUUGAAGUCAUUACGAGAAGCUAUUGUAUCAACGUUCAAGCAGCAGAUGCGUUUGCGUCGUCGGCUCAUGGAGCUAGACAGCAACUUGCUGGGCCUAGCGCUGGACGCAGAGAGACAGCAUGCGGCCAUCUCGCACUGGGAAGCGCGCUUCAACAGACUCUAUAAGCCAAUCAGCUUUACUGGCUCUAGGCUAAGCACCCAACAAAGUUACAGAGGUGGCACGGGCAGUGUGAACAGCGUUGGUAGCGAGCGGGCUGAGGCUGAGAUAGCUGUGGAGCAGGCUUGGGCCGAGCUCGCGGCGGUGGAGCGCGAGCAGGAGGCGGCGCGCUCGGAGAGGCACCGCGUGGAGCGGCAGCUGGAGCAAGUGAGGCUCAGGGGUGCGCAGCUGGAACAGGAGCUGCCAGCGCACAUCGAGAGCGGGCCGGAGCGCGAGGUGCUGGCGCUGGUCUGCCGGGUGCACGAGCUGGAGGCCGACAAGCUGGCGCUGCAGGGCGAGCGCGCGGCGCGGGCGCACGAGCUGCGCCGCCGGGACCUGGCGCUGCAGCGGCGCGACGCGCAGCGGCGGCUGACUGAUGAGAUCAUCACGAGGCAGCGGCGAGCGCUUGAAGAAUUUGGCGUCGGAGUUCAGCCGGAUUUAUCCCAAUUAUAUGAGCUCUACCAGCAAGAAAUACACGCUUCCACAUACACAGAAACCAAUGAAUACAGUUCUCCAUACCGACUACCGCCUAUUUCAUCAAGCGUGUCGGAAAUAACAUGGUCCGAGAGCUCCAGCGGGUCGGGUCGUGGGUCCAGCUCAGGGUCGGGAGGUACACUGGCUCUCGACCACCAUCUACCGCAGUUGGCACCGACACCGCGACCACGCACUAGAUAUAGUCGUGCAAGCGCUUCAACUCUCAAACGGUAUUCGAGCGACGACAGCUUAGUGGUGACCGCUCCCCGAGGGAACGACAGAGCAGCGCCUUGAGAUACCACUUUAGGCUUUAGAGUGGUCUCAUUACUAGUGUACUUGUAUUCGUACGUAAGUACAGUCAUAAAGUGGCGAAGAUGUCACUUAUUUGUAGAUUCCAACAUGCUGAUGGCUGAUUUAUCUCGAUCGAUGCACCAGAUGUUUGUUCCAAUGGUGCACUGGUUAUUGUGAAAUUUUUAAUGAAGUUUUUUAAUGAAUAUGGAUAUAUAAAAUAGUAAAAGGUUAUAAGAAUAAGCUGUUAAUAACGACGAUGAUGAUUGGCGGUAGGUAAUAAAUAAUAGUACGCAUAACAUUUUAGAUUCAGAUUCGGUAUUAAAAUACAUAAUGUAUAUUCAAGUUUAGAUUCAGCUCCGCUCUUUUUCUGUAAAAGUUUACGUAUUAUUCGAUUUGAGUGUACAAUAUACAUACUUAAUGAGAAAAAAUAUAGAUAAAGUUAUAUUGUGUUAUUGCUCCUAUGAUUAUAAUAAAGAAAACUAUUACUAAUUGUGUAGAUAAACGUGAUUUUAUAAAAUAUAGCGUUUCUAUAGAGAUUUAUAAAUAUAUAAAUCUAUAGUGUUUCAGUAUAAUGUAUAUGUUUUGACUAAUGGUCGCGGUUGUGAUUUAUUUGUGGCUUUAAUGGUACCUACUUCAUGUAUCUACUUACACUUUACAGCCUGACCUGAGAAAUAAAAUACGAAAGAUAUGAAAAAUUAAAACUCUAAUAUACUCCAGACAAAUGGGCUUAAUGAUGAAUAUUGAUAAAACCAAAAUCAUACUUAAUGAACACGUCAUCACGAUGCCCAUAACUGUCGAUGAUGUCAGCGUCAAAGAACAAUCUUGGUCAAAUGAUAAAAUUCGGUAGGAAUAACUUCGACAAGGAGGCUACAUUGACGUAUCUAGGAUUAUUUCCUAGAGUGGGCCUGACCCCCGACAUCUAGAUUCUAGUCUAUUAUAGGUAUCAUAAUAGAAUAAUUCCAUAUUGGUAGCCCAUUCUAGGGUGGGCACGACCCACCCGACCCCAUAAGAGGGUACCAGAAGAAUUCGGCUUGGUUGAGCAGCAUUUGGAAAAUUACAUCGGGUCAAAUUGCCAAUACCCUAAAGAUUUGGCGUUUAACUUCUAUCUCACUUGAAAUAAAA